GAGAUUUCCUGUUACGUCUCUGGCGGAACUGUUUGCAAAUAUCGCUGUUUUCACACGGACUGACAGCGUUAUCAGACAUGGCAACCUGUACGCGGAAUGUGUGGAAAGUUUUAGCGAGGUGUCAGAGGCAGCUGCUGAGCGCUGGGGGUCCCUCCUACACUGGUGUCUCACAGAGUGCACCGAGGAGUUUACCUGUCAGGACUUUUGCAGCCGUCAAGACACUAAGCAAAGGCAGAAAAGAGAGCUCGCAGAAGGAGGAAAAGAAAGUGAAGAGGAUCAUUGAUGACAAAGACAGACUUAAGCCUUUUGGCAAGACGGCGUGGGCGCCUGUUGAUGACGUGUAUAUAGUGAGGCACUACCCCCAGGCGAUUUACGAUGCAGCGGACGCCAUCGACAUGCUGAAGAGAUUUCAGGCAUUGGACUUCACCUCCCACAAUCAGCCCGUUUACAUUGACCUGAAGCUCGACAUGAAACUGGAGAAAAAGAAAAAAGUCGACCCCUUUGUCAGCAUCAUACAGUUGCCUCACCGCUUCAAGAUAGAGACGAACAAAGUUUUGGUUUUCACUGAGGAUGCUAAUCAAGCAAAGGUUGCCCAGGAGAAUGGAGCUGCCUUCACUGGAGGCGCAGAGCUCAUAGAGCAGAUCUUAGAUGAUAAGAUUUCAGCAGACUUCUAUGUGACUGUUCCAGAAAUGCUUCCAAAGCUUAUACCACUGAAAAACAAGCUGAGGAAGAAGUUUCCAAAGAGCAAGAGAGGCUCAGUCAGCAUCAAUAUACCCAGCUUGUUGGAGAGGUUUAAAACGGGCCACGAAUACCUGGUGGAGAACGACUGCUAUGUUAGGACCCAGAUAGCCACGCUCGACAUGCCCAAAGAACACAUCUUUGCCAACCUGCAAGCUGUCCUGACUGAUGUGUGCUCCUACAAACCAGCCGACGCAGGACCUUUCAUCGAGCGGGCGAUCAUUGCCAGUCAUACCAGUGAAGCUGUGUGGUUCAAGAGUGAAGACGUACUAAAACCAGCAGAAACGACAGAGGAGUGACCUGUUUCAAUUUGUAUAUACUGAAUAAAGUUGCUUUUAGUUUGG